AUGGAUCUCCGCGGAACGAUCGUGACUGUUGAUGUUUCUGGUUUGCUUUUUCCUUGUCUCGCCGGCUUCCUCGCCACCACAACUCACAGCCUCCCCCGGGCUACCUGCGCCCGUUCCGGAUCGACGCGCAGUACGGAGGGGGCUGGGAGGAGCUCAGUGCACCAGCUCCAGGAAGAGACGGAAACUACAAUUCCCGUCACGCCCUGCAGCCGGCUCCCUCCUCCUGCCACUCCUCCCCCCUCAGCCCGCGGCCGGGCGGCGCUGGGCUUUUAUCUGCGGACCCGGCGAGAGGGACCCAGAUCCCGGCGAUCUUCCCCGACGGCAGCCCUUUUCCCGGCAGCGGCUGGGGCUUUAACCGGGUUCAGCCUCUGCGUCCGCGCCAGCCGGGGGUCCUUGGGGCAAAGGGUCGGUCCCGGGCGCAGCGACAGGAUGGUCAUCCGCGUGUUCAUCGCGUCUUCCUCGGGCUUCGUGGCGAUAAAGAAGAAACAGCAGGAUGUGGUUAGAUUUCUGGAAGCCAACAAGAUAGAGUUUGAGGAGGUGGAUAUCACAAUGUCUGAAGAACAGAGGCAGUGGAUGUACAAAAACGUCCCCCCAGAAAAGAAGCCUGCUCAGGGAAAUCCUCUGCCACCUCAGAUAUUUAAUGGCGACCGAUACUGUGGAGUUAAGAAAAGAAAAACGGAGAAUCUUCUUUCUAAUGAGUAAGUUAGGAUUUGCUUUUCUGCCAUAGCUCUAUAAGUCAGUGUUUAUGUUGGGACCUGUCCUACAGUUCUUUAAGGAUGGCCUGGGGAAGAGAACUACAGUGCUGAGGUGCUUGAGAUGAAAUAAAUAGCUGGGUUGUCAUUAGGGAGGAGGAAAGGGAUAACAGAGGGCUUUUGGUGGUGUCAAAGGUAACAGUACCCUCCCCCCCAUGUGCAUAAAGGAGAGUAAGUUGGAGCAUAAAGCCAUGAAUACAUUAUACACAGACUUGUUACCUGUAGCAUAGUGGGGAGAAUCCUGAACAUGGCUCCAGAUAUAGCUUUGGGUUUUGGUACUGCCUUUUGUUGGCUAUGACUCCUUUCGGAUGUUACAUAUCUCUUUAAGCCUCAGUUUUCACAUCUUUAAGCAAGAG